UCGCUCGCCAGCAGACAGGGACAUGGCUGCGCGCGUGGGCCUGGUCCUCCCGCACGCGCUCCUCGCCUCCUCCCGAGCUCUCACCUCGUGCCGUGCCCGUGCUCGCCUCCCCAAUCCUCCUCCCACCUUCCCUACUACCUACCACCGCAGCGCCUCCUCCUCCGCCGCCUCGCCGCCGCGCCUCCGCUCCCGCUCCCACCGCGCGUCGCCGCGUGUCCUGCCGGUCCGCUCCAUGGCGUCUGGGAACCCCUACGCCGCCGAGCUCGCCGCGGCAAAGAAGGCCGUCACCCUCGCCGCCCGCCUCUGCAAGACAGUGCAACAGGACAUUGUGCAUUCGGGUAUUCAGUCUAAGGCAGACAAAAGUCCUGUCACCGUGGCCGAUUAUGGGUCUCAAAUAUUGGUCAGUCUUGCCUUGACGAUGGAAGUAUCUGGCCCAUUUUCAUUGGUGGCUGAGGAGGACUCAGAAGAAUUGAGAAAAGAUGGUGCUGAAGAAAUUUUGGAAGAAAUUACUGAUCUUGUGAAUGAAACCAUCGUUGAUGAUGGUUCAUAUAACAUUUCAUUUUCAAAGGAAGGUAUCCUCUCAGCGAUUGAUGAUGGCAAGUCUGAGGGAGGAUCAUCUGGACGACAUUGGGUCCUAGAUCCAAUCGAUGGUACUAAAGGUUUCUUAAGGGGUGACCAAUAUGCAAUUGCACUGGCCCUGCUUGAUGAAGGUAAAAUUGUUUUGGGUGUAUUGGCUUGUCCAAAUCUUCCUUUGUCAUCAAUAAGCAACCCCAAUGGUAGCUCUUCGGGCAAUCAAGUUGGUGCCCUUUUCUCUGCUACAAUUGGUUGUGGAGCUGAAGUAGAGUCUCUAGAUGGUUCUCCGCCACAAAAGAUUGGUGUUUGCUCUAUUGACAAUCCAGUCAAUGCCUCAUUCUUCGAAUCCUAUGAAAGUGCACACUCCAUGCAUGAUUUGACUAGCUCUAUUGCAGAGAAACUUGGUGUCCUAGCUCCUCCAGUUAGAAUCGACAGCCAAGCAAAAUAUGGUGCUCUGGCCCGAGGCGAUGGUGCCAUUUACUUGCGUUUUCCACACAAAGGUUAUAGAGAGAAGAUAUGGGACCAUGCGGCUGGUUCAAUUGUCGUGACAGAAGCUGGAGGUAUAGUAACAGAUGCGGCUGGAAACGACUUGGAUUUCUCCCAAGGGAGAUUUCUUGAUCUUGACACAGGCAUCAUCGCAACAAACAAGCAGUUGAUGCCAUCACUCCUGAAGGCCGUCCAAGAUGCUAUUAAGGAGAAGAACCAGGCUGCUUCCCUCUUGUAGCAGUUAUAGCGAUCAACAAAAAAUGCUAGUUGCAAUACUGUUUCAUAUUCAUACUGCCAUACAUGCGCCCAGCCUUUUGUUGUGACAUUACAGUUUCAUGUUGUACCACUUAUCAGACUCUUUGCCUCUUGACGAUUAGAUAACCAUUUUUUUUCCUGAACAAUUGAUGUACUCCUUCGCCCGAAAAAACAAAAAAACGUACCACUUAUUAGACUCCCCCGUGUUGCGAAGGAAUA